GUUACUCGUCAUCAUGGCCGUGCUGUCGCGUUGAUGUUUGGCUUUUUAUCGUUCAAUCUGCCUCGUCUCGGGAUAACUCGACGACGCCAGCGUGUAUGCGACGAAGCAGCUAGUGCAAGCCGGCUUCGAGGCCUUCCUUGUAUCAGGCUGUCGGCUUCUCGCAAGUAUAGCUAUGACCUGGAGAAAAUUGCUAUGUUGCAAUGCGUAAAAGAAACUUCCUUUUAUUUGUUUCACUGGCAUUUUUAACAUGGAGUGGCGUAACGUACCUUCUAUUUCUUCAGCGACCAUUGACAGGGAAGGUUUUCCGCCCAGGGAAAGUUCAGGCUCAAUUGGAUCUGCUAGAACAGGAGCUCGCCGAGCAAGGCCGUGCAAACGCAAAGCUCCUUGGCAGCUUGCGAGAGCUAAGAGAAAGUAAGGGGAAACAGCCGAUGCUGGGUGCUGUGCAGCUACAAGUGUUCGCUUCUUUUCAUUCAGAGCUCCUGCAGGCGCAGAAUGAGAGCCGCGUGGACAGUCCAGUCAUCGCUGUCCUGCUGUUUGCGUGCAACAGGGUCACAGUGAAGCGUCCCAUAAACCAGAUGCUCCAGUACCGACCUUCCAAGAAGCAGUUCCCCAUCAUAGUGAGCCAAGAUUGCAACCAUGCGCUGACUUCAAAAGCUAUUCAAGACUAUGGCAACCAGCUCACUCAUAUUAAGCAACCUGACCAAAGUGACAUUCCAUUAGUGGGCAAGGAGAAAAAGUUUAAGGGCUACUACAAGAUAGCGCGACACUAUGGCUGGGCACUGAACAAAACCUUCUUUGAAUUCAAUUAUGACACGGUGCUCAUUGUGGAAGAUGACCUGGAGCUGUCUGUAGACUUUUUUGAAUACUUCCUGGCAUUGCACCCAAUUUUGAAGAACGACCCGACUCUGUUUUGUGUCUCGGCAUGGAAUGACAAUGGCAAGGCAGGACUUGUGGAAGAUGACCCAGAGUUGCUUCAUCGGUCUGACUUUUUCCCUGGCCUUGGGUGGAUGAUGACCAAGGACAUGUGGAUUGAGAUGAGCCACAGGUGGCCCAAGGCGUUUUGGGACGACUGGAUUCGGCAGCCCGAGCAGAGGAAGGACCGAGCCUGUAUUAGACCCGAAGUCUCGCGUACCAAGACUUUUGGAAAAAUUGGGGUUAGCAACGGGCUCUUUUAUGAAAAGCACCUUAAGUUCAUUCAACUCAACAAAAAGUUUGUGCCUUUUACUAGCAGAGAUCUCAACUACUUGAAAAAGGAUAACUAUGAUGUAGCCUUUGUCAAGGAGGUGUACGGCUCUCCACUGGUCACAGUGAGCCAGCUUCUCAAGGGAAGCUUGGAAACCAAAGGGCCACUGCGCAUCACAUACACCACCAAAGAGCAGUUCAAGAACAUUGCUAAGAAGCUCUCCAUCAUGGACGACUUCAAGUCAGGUGUACCAAGAACUGGCUACCGCGGGGUGGUGUCUCUGCUCUACAAGGGUCGUCGAGUCUAUCUGGCUCCUCCAGCUGACUGGAAAGGCUACAACAAGUCGUGGUCUUAACAAAGCCAAGUUGCAGCAGUUGAAAAGCCAAUCUCUGCAACAAUGCCUUGCAGGGCUGUUCUUCUUCCUCUUCACAAUAAUGUGCUUCUCUAGUGAUAAGACUUGUGUGACAGUGAUUGUGCAAUUAUCCUCACCUGCACCUCAGCUCAUUCCUCUCUCUCUCCUUGAACAGCUGUGUUCAUUACUGAAGCAAGUACACCUGACUGUGAUUUUGCGAUCGCGUGAAAAUGGGUGCAUGUGCCCACGUGUGCGCAUGUGUGUAUACUUAUAUGUAUGUAAAUAUAUGUUAUAUAAUAACAGUAUGCAGCUAAAAAUGAGUGCUAACUUGAAAGUGCAAGUGGUCAUUACCUUUCCCUGACUGCUCCAUUUGAGAUGUUUUGGCUGUCAGGCCUGGCUGCUGGAAUGGAGUUUCAAUUUCAAAAUCUUCCCCUGGUGCAUUUGCGUGCAAUCCAUUGUGCAUUUGCCAGUGAAGUGAUUACGUGCAUUUUGCUUUUGGUGGCGGUUAUUGCACCCACAUACAUAUUAAAGAAAACUGCAUUAGGUAGGAGGGCCACUGCAGCAGCCCGAGGCACUCCCUCCCCAAUAGUGUGCCUUGUCUUCAGAUGUGAACAGCAUUGCUUUAUUCACUCUUGCGGUCCGGCUGUGUGUAUAAUGAACUGCUGUGGUGAGUGAGCAAGCCUCAGUUUUCCUGAUUACAAGAUGAGAAUGGCAGUCUGUUAUGGUGGAAUGAUGUUGUGCAGAUGCAGAGGUGUUUCUUCUGCAUUUCAUUUGUAAAAGUGACACACCUUUUGUUUGUAUUGUUGCUUGGCAUUAUGGGGAAUGCAUUUUAUGUGAUGAGAUAAAAUGUGCUCUGCUAGAUGCAUUGUUGCCUGUAAUAAAAAUGAGACUGUUAGCAAAUAAAUAUUUAUAACUGCACAGCCAA